GCAGCGCUGUGUACACUGAUUGCAUACACGGAAAUACAGAGAAGGAAGGUGUCACAUCGCACUUUAUUUAUCUUUAAGUUCAUGCAGUUAAAGCAUCCGCGAGCUCAAGCACACGUUGCACGUAAAGCACAAAAGCGUGUGGUCUUAAGAUAAUUUUUCUCGUUCUAUGGAUUCGCUGCAGCUGCUAUCAUGGGCCUGCAUCGUGUUUACAGUCGGGAUGUUCUCGACUGGACUGACCGACCUGAAGAAGAUGCGAGAAACCAAAAGUGCAGAUAAUAUUCAGUUUCUGCCUUUCCUCACCACGUGUCUUAAUAACCUGGGCUGGUUGUAUUAUGGUGUCCUGAAGACCGAUCAGACAAUCAUCCUGGUGAAUGUCAUAGGAGCUCUGCUGCAGAUUCUCUACAUAUUCAUGUAUCUUCAGUACACAAAACAGAAGAGGCUGGUGAUGUUUCAGACGUUAGCAGCAGGCGGGGUGCUCACCUGUGGCUGGUUUUACUUCACCACAUAUCUACCUGAGGGAGAAACUCGGCUUAGCCAGCUCGGUCUUACCUGCAGCGUGGUCACAGUCAGCAUGUAUUUGUCUCCGCUCAUAGACCUGGUGGAGAUAGUUCGUAGUGGUGAUGUGCAGUGCCUCUCCUUCCCUCUGACUGUAGCCACUUUCUUCACCUCCACCUCCUGGGUCCUCUACGGCCUCCAGCUGGAAGACUACUUUAUUGUGGUCCCAAACACACCAGGAAUCCUGACCAGCCUUAUCAGAUUUUAUCUGUUUAGGAGAUUUGCAUCCGUCGAUCAAAGCUCACCAUCCUAUAAACCUAUGCAGAUAUGAGGGUAUAAGGGAUAGGUUAAUGACUUCACAGAGGGCUGCAGUGAAUCUCUACCAUCUUAUGUCUGGCUUCUUUUUUAUCUGACGAAGAGGCAAAGUUACAUAGAAACAACAGCCAGGACGACACCACUGAAGAUGACUGCUUGUUUUCGUUGACUUCAAUGUUUCCUGGAGGUAUAUCAGUUACAUGGUAAGGGGAAAAUAUUGGGUCGUUUUAACAACUUCAACAGACUGAGUUAAAGUAUCGCCACUUCAUGACCUUAAAGUGCCUUUGGCUCGAUCAUGUCAGCCAUCUCUUCCCAAUCAAGUGAAUUGGAUUGAAUUUUCCUCAUACUAGCCAAUGAUUUUCUAGGAAUUGUUAUUUGUGGCUGCUAUUUUAAAAUCAGAAACAUUUCUUCUGUUUUGUAGUACUCAUUUGUGGAGUAAUCUAGUUGAGAGUUUAAAUAAUUUCCCCUCUAGAGAGUUGGUACUUAUGUUUUAUCUCUGUGCUGAGGGAAUAUUGAGUCAUAUCGGUGGCAGUAAAUAUAUAUUUAUUGUUCAUUAUUGUUUUCUAUAUAUUUGAUGUCCUUUUUAUACAGGAUAUUUAUAUUGGCAUAUGUCCAAUAUCAAAUGUUGUCUUCUUAUAUUGUUAUUUUUUGUAAGCACUUGUAUAUGGGAUCAAAUAGAAAAAAGGAGAAAAAUACCUUAUGCUUACAGAAUGGUGUUUACUUCACUGGUGGGUGCUCAUGGUUAAAGGGGACUUCUUGCCUCUGUGUUAUUGUCUGUAUGAGGACAUGUUAUGCAAUUGAUCAGCUGACUGUAAGUAAGCUGAGUAAAGAUUUAAGGUCUUUAAAUGUGCCAUGUAAAUAAAUUUUUAC